CCCUCCAGCCCAUCCCAGAGAGGAGGAUUCCAAACCGAUACUUAGGCCAGCCCAGUCCCUUUACACACCCACACCUGCUCAGACCAGACUGGACUUCCUGUGGCUGCGACUCAGGAAAUGCAGCUCACCACUGAAACACACAAGAAAUCAGAGUUUUUCAAAGCUGUAAGGGGAGGUGACGCCAGGACUAUCCCAGGUGGAAUAUGCACUUCGCAGACACAAACUAAUGUCUCUGAUCCACAAGGAAGCACAAGGUCAGAGUGGGACAGACCAGACAGUGGUUCUGCUGUCCAACCCUACAUAUUACAUGAGCAAUGAUAUCCCCUAUACUUUCCACCAAGACAACAAUUUUCUGUACCUCUGUGGAUUCCAAGAGCCUGAUAGCAUUCUGGUCCUUCAAAGCCUCCCUGGCAAGCAGUUACCAGCACACAAGGCUAUGCUUUUUGUGCCUCGAAGAGACCCCAGUCGAGAACUUUGGGAUGGCCCACGAUCUGGCACUGAUGGAGCAACAGCUCUAACUGGAGUGGACGAAGCCUAUACGCUGGAAGAAUUUCAACAUCUGGUACCGAAACUGAAAGCUGAGACAAAUAUGGUUUGGUAUGACUGGAUGAGGCCCUCUCACGCACAGCUUCACUCUGACUACAUGCAGAAUCUGACUGAGGUCAAAGCCAGGAGCAAGAACAAGGUUCGGGCUGUCCACCAGCUGGUACAGCGCCUCCGGCUGAUUAAAUCUCCUGCGGAAAUUGAGCGCAUGCAGAUUGCUGGGAAGUUGACGUCACAGGCUUUCAUAGAGACCAUGUUUGCCAGUAAAGCCCCUGUGGAGGAAGGCUUUCUUUAUGCUAAGUUUGAAUUUGAAUGCCGGGCUCGUGGUGCAGACAUCUUAGCCUACCCACCUGUGGUUGCUGGAGGUAAUCGGUCGAACACUUUGCACUAUGUGAAGAACAAUCAACUCAUCAAGGAUGGGGAAAUGGUGCUGCUAGAUGGAGGUUGUGAGUCUUCUUGCUAUGUGAGUGACAUCACCCGUACCUGGCCUGUCAAUGGCAGGUUCACAGCCCCUCAGGCAGAACUCUAUGAAGCUGUUCUAGAGAUCCAGAGAGAUUGUCUGACCCUCUGCUCCCCUGGAACAAGCUUGGAGAACAUCUACAGCAUGAUGCUGACACUGAUAGGACAGAAGCUUAAAGAGUUGGGGAUCAUGAAGAACAUUAAGGAAAAUAAUGCCUUCAAAGCUGCUCGAAAAUACUGCCCUCAUCAUGUUGGCCAUUACCUUGGGAUGGAUGUCCACGACACUCCAGACAUGCCCCGUUCCCUCCCUCUACAGCCUGGUAUGGUAAUCACAGUGGAGCCAGGCAUUUAUAUUCCAGAGGAUGACAGAGAUGCCCCAGAGAAGUUUCGUGGUCUCGGUGUACGAAUUGAGGAUGAUGUAGUGGUGACUCAGGACUCACCUCUCAUCCUUUCUGCAGAUUGUCCUAAAGAGAUGAAUGACAUUGAACAGAUAUGCAGCAGGGCCUCUUGACCCUCACUGCAGCCCACGUGCAUCUCGGGUUCAAGAGGGGUGUAUGUUGGCAUCUGUGCACAUGUGCUUUCUGAGUGUCUCUGUGUGUGCAUUUAUACUCAUGUUCCACUCACGAGUGUGACAGCUGUAUGAUGUGUGUAAUUGUGUAUGUGGUCUUUGUUUUAAGUAGCUAGACAUCUGAAAAAUUGAAUAUUUGAACUGUAUAUUACUGCAACUUUAGUAACAUUAAUUCUGUAGAAUUAAUGACCCAAGAAAGUUUAAUUUCUAAAAGUAAAAAAAGUUCUUGGUUACAUAUGUCCAUGCAUUCCAGGUAACACAUUUAAACAUACAGAAAAUUCUCUCCUUCUCUGCAGGUCAUUCUCUUUCUGCACCUUUGCUGAGAUACACCUGAUAGCGUAAGAUGUUUGUGUGAUGCUUAUAUUUUGAGCUAAUCACCAAGGUCUCUGCCUACACUAAAAACCACCCGUCCGUUGUGGGUGGCCAAUACAUACCUUCUAUAACUUCCACCUACCUAUUCCAGAGCCUGUGUAUCUACUGGGGCCACAUGAACCCUCAUGGACACUGGUGUCCUGCAAUCUCACCAUUAAGCCACAGUCCAGAUCCCAGCAACACUAGCUAUCGAACAAAACAAUUUUGAGCCUUUCUUGCUAUUUGAUUGCCUGGGCGCUAGAAAGUGUUUAGAUUCUUGAUAAGGAAGGAAAUGGAAGAGGAAGAAAAGUAUGUAUGUGUCUGCUCCAGAUCCAGACCUCCAUCCGUCUGUUCUCUAUCUAAAGAUGAUCCUUUCCCAGACAUCCAUGCUUCCUUUAUAGAUUCUUAAUGUACUAACCCUUAUAACACACCCUUGAAGCUGCCAAGGGCAAAUCCUCUGCUUACCCUGUUACAGUCAGAUGAAUGGCAUGCAGUAUUCAGAGAGAUACCCCUGUUAUCCUUCUGUGACUUCUUCUAGGUGCUGAUAAAGCAAACUGGAACCCACUAAGUACCUGUACACAUCCUAUGAUCCUUUUUUUUCUCUAACGUAAGCACUGCAAGGGCAGUGGUAAAGAGUCAUAUUUCCCUCAACACAGCAUUGGAUGCAAUUAUACAACAGCUCAAUUUGCAGAGUGAAGGGGGCUAGAUUAUUGCAGAUAGUUUAUUCAGAAGCUUCUGUCAUAGACAGAAGCUUUAAGAAUUAGUGUGUUCACCUCCUUUAAACCUGGAUAUGAUGAGCCCAGGAUGUAUAAAACAUACUAAUUGUUAGAGCAUGAGUUCGAGGGUUUUUAAGAAAAUAUUUGUAACAGGGAAGCACAGGCUAGGGGAUUAACACUCCCUGUAGUGCUAGAGGUUUGCCCAUCUUCUCAAGAAAACUCAAGGUACAGAGCCCAAAGCAGGCAGGCAGUGACUUCAUCAGGAGGCAAAGACAAUGUUAUAAACCAAAGUGAUACAAGUCAUGUCCUGACAGUGCUCGCCCACGAAUGCGUGGCUUGGCUGACCUAUAAGCAGCUCUGGGAAUGGAUGGCUGCACAGCUGGAGUCAUCAUCCCCAUGCCUCCCUCCCCACCUCCCUCCAAACUCUCAGUCCUGUGCUACUUUCUAAAAGAAGGGGACUGAAAAUAAGGCCACAACUGGCUUCUUACUCCUGGGGUCUCAGUGGCCCCAACAACCCUUUCCUUGGAUUGAGUUUCCUUUGUUCAUUUACAAUCCUGGAAAAAGGAAUUUCCUUUUCUUCCUGGAAAUCAUUUUCUGUGAUUUUCAACUUUCUAGCUAAAAGUUUGGUGGCUUUUAUGUAUCGUAGCAUACUUGAACAUGAAACACAUUUCUUCUGGUUAGAUUCCAGUCGAGUUCUGCAGAUGUUGUGAGUAGUACUUAGAGUCUGAGGCUGUGGUGGAAUGCUGGUGAUUUUUAGUUCCUGACCCAGGUAUAUUGUCCUUUGAGUCCCAGAUUAACCGCAGCAGGUAAGCAUUUGAAUCAGACUGUAGAACCAUUAGGAGAUGACAUAGUGAACAUCUCAGAGCAGUGUUUUAGGGGCUGUCUGAUAUGUGCAGGAUUUGUUGAGCAGAUAAUUGUGCACAGUACAGGAAUCUCAUUCAUUCUUAGCCGUACCAGAGACUUGCCCCAUAUUUCCCUCCAUGACUAAGUAUAAUAAAUACUUCAUAUGUUUACCAGGCUCUCCUAAUGAAAACCUUAAUUAAAAAA